AUGGCAACUACGGUUCUCGGAAAACGCACCCGAAGUGCUGUAGAAGCGGAAGCGCUUCCUGUGCGCACCGCGAGCAAGCGCAGAACUGUUGCACCCCGGGUCCAACGUGAGACCGCCACUGCACCUCGUCGGACUCGCUCAACUCGCCUCGCUGCAAAGAACCAGGAUGCAGAGCAACCGGUGGACCAGGAGAAUGGGGAUGCCAUCAAUAAGAUCUCGGAAAAAGCGCAUUCAAAACACACACUGCGCGAUGAUCAGGGUGGGUCUCCGACAAAGAUCAAGUCUCAUUUCCGCACCUCGAAGCUCGUGGAGGAUGAGAAACCUGAGAUCCCCGAAAAGCUUGAGAAGCUCGAAGUACCCGCCCCGGUCGAAUUCAAGACCCCGCAAAAGAAUCGAUUUCGAGAUGCGAUCCAAAAUUCCCCGGUUACACCUCGCCACCGUGUGCAGGUAGGAGCCAGGUCUGUGACUCCGCGGACCCCUCGACACGCCGACCUUCCCCCCACUCCUCGUCAAAGUGCCACUCCGACAACAACACAGACCGUUUAUUCGCAAGCCCGACAGCUCUUCGCUCGUGGCGCCACUUCUGGUCGCCUCGUUGGGCGAGAGUCAGAGCGUGAGAAGGUCUCGACUUUCAUUGAGGAUUGUGUUGAGUCUCAAAAAGGUGGCUGUCUCUACAUCAGUGGACCUCCUGGUACGGGCAAAAGCGCCAUGGUCAAUGAAGUAUGCCAGGACAUGGACCUCUCCAAUGUCAAGGUUUCUCAUGUCAACUGUGUGAGCAUGCGUAACUCUCGUGAUGUAUACAGUAAACUCAUCCAAGAUUUUUGUGAUGAAUCGGAGGUUUUCAAAAAGAGCGAGGCCGACCGAAUCAAGGAUAUGUUCAUCCCAACGAAGGCGAAUGGUCUGUAUUUGGUUAGUCUGGAUGAGAUGGAUCAUUUGCUCCAAGGCGAUUCCGGAGUAUUGCAAUCUUUGUUUGAGUGGUCUUUGCAUAACAAUUCUACUCUGAUUCUCAUCGGUAUUGCCAACGCCUUGGAUUUGACAGACCGGUCUCUCCCACAAUUGAAAGCAAAGAAUUUGAGGCCGACACUACUUCCAUUCUUGCCUUACAAUGCAGCUUCAAUUGCCGGUGUGAUUACUGCUCGCCUUCGAUCAUUGCUUCCCACGGAUUCAGCUGAUUCUGAUCCCAAAUUCGUUCCUUUCUUGCAGCCGGCGGCAAUUCAGCUCUGCGCAAAGAAAGUUGCUUCGCAAACAGGCGACCUUCGCAAGGCGUUUGAGUUGAUCAAGCGCGCAAUUGAUGUCAUUGAGCAAGAAACUAUCCAGAAAUUGGAGAAGCAACUUGCUGAAACAAAGAUGUCUGUUCUAGCAGAAAAUGAAAAUCUCUCUUCGCCCUCAAAGUCAGGCGCUGCUCCUCGGCCGACAACCAUGUCCAGCUACACACCGUUGACAGCGCCUCGCGCUAGCAUUGCCCACAUUGCCCGAAUCACGACCUCUGCUUUUGGGCAAGGUACUGUGCAAAGACUAAAGAAUAUCAAUCUGCAGCAGAAGGCUGCUAUCUGCACAUUGAUCGCACUCGAGCGCAAGCGUCGUGAGAUGGACAUUCACAGCACGCCCUCCAAGAAUCGAUCCUCUGCCCCGACAGUGAAGCAGGCCUUUGACACAUAUUGUACGCUUUGUCGAAAUGACAACAUCCUCCACCCCUUGACAGCCACAGAGUUUAAGGACGUCCUGAGCAACUUGGAAACCAUGGGCCUUGUAGGCGAGUACCAAGGCCGUGGCCGUGGCGGAACAGUCGCUGGUGGCUCUGAUGUUCGCCGCACACCUUCCAAGUCCGGAAACGUGAUGUCAACCCCUCACAAGGCCAUGAACGAACAAGGUCUGAUCUGCUUCGUGUCCCAGUCAGAAAUCGAAGGCCAAAUUGCCGGACCUGGUGAAGGUAUUCUGAGGCGGUUGCUCCGUGGCGAUGGACUGUGA